GUAGCAGCUGCUGGAGGACAUCUGAAAUUUACAGUCUCCUAUGAUAUCACAGAAGAGGAAGAAGAAGAAGACACAGCUAAAUUGAUGGUUCAAUCUGAUGUCAUCAUAGAGGGAGGUGACUUAAAAAUCAGCACUCCAAAAGGGAUAAUUCACCUGCAGCCUUCUGAAGAGCACACUGAAGAAAUUGUGCUGAAACCAGAAUCUUUCUCAGUGCAUGGCUCCGAUGUUCCAGUCAGCAGGAGGGAGUUCAUGACUAUCCUUGCAAAUGUAAAGAGAAUCCUCAUAAGAGCCACAUACAGCAAUGGGAUGAAUGCCAUCUACAGACUAAGAAGCGUUAUUAUGGAAGCUGCUGACCAYACUUCAAGGGGGAGAAGAGUGGCAUCUGCAGUGGAGUUGUGUGAGUGUCCUGCAGGCUAUGAUGGUACCUCCUGUGAGUCCUGCUGGCCUCGACACAGGCGUGUGAAUGGCACAAUUUUUGGUGGAGUCUGUGCACCAUGUACAUGCUUUGGUCAUGCAGACGUGUGCGAUGACAUCACAGGAGCGUGUCUGGACUGCMAACACAACACAGGGGGUUCAUAUUGCGAUAGGUGCCUUCCUGGCUUCUAUGGUGAUGCGACAAAAGGGACACCAGAAGACUGCCAGUUGUGCGCUUGCCCCCUAAAUAUACCUUCUAACAACUUUAGCCCAACGUGCCACUUUGACCGACAUCGUGGAUUAAUAUGCGAUGAAUGCCCAGCUGGCUACGUGGGACCACGCUGUGAAAGGUGUGCAGAAGGCUAUUUUGGACAACCUCUAAUACCAGGGGGAUCRUGCCAGCCAUGCCAGUGUAAUGACAACCUCGACUUCUCCGUUCCUGGCAGCUGUGACAGCUUGUCUGGUGCUUGUCUGAUAUGUAAGCCAGGUACAACAGGCCAAUAUUGUGAGAGGUGUGCUGAUGGAUAUUUCGGUGAUGCUCUUCAUGCAAGGAACUGUCAGCCCUGUCACUGUCACAUGAAUGGCUCUUUCUCAGAGAUCUGUGACUCUCGGACGGGCCAGUGUGAGUGUAAAGCCAACGUCAUCGGGCGCCGCUGUGACGUCUGCAAACCUGGAACAUUUGGCUUACAGUCUUCAAGAGGAUGUGUUCCCUGCAACUGCAACUCUUUUGGUUCCAAAUCCUUCGAUUGCAAUGGAGAAGGACAAUGUUUUUGCCAGCCUGGAGUGACAGGAAAGAAGUGUGACCGCUGUGCACAUGGAUUUUACAACUUUCAAGAAGGAGGAUGUACUCCCUGUGACUGUUCACGUUUUGGCAAUAAUUGUGAUCCCGUCAGUGGACGCUGUAUCUGCCCUCCCAACACUGUUGGAGAGAUGUGUGACAAAUGUGCACCAAAUCACUGGGGCCAUAACAUUGUCAGUGGCUGCAAGCCCUGUGAGUGCAGCCUCGUUGGAGCCCUAAGUUCUCAGUGUGACUUGAAUACGGGCUGUUGCUUCUGCCGCCCUGAAUUCUCUGGGGAAAAAUGCACUGAGUGCAGGAUGGGCUACUGGAACUAUCCACAUUGUGUUGCUUGUCAGUGCUUCCUGGCUGGGACUGAUCCACAGAGCUGUGAUGCAGAGGGGAAGUGCUCAUGCACUGAUCAUUCUGGCCAGUGCAGCUGCAAGGUUAAUGUGGAAGGUGUCCACUGCGACAGGUGCAAGUCUGGUACAUUUGGUCUCUCUGCCAGAAACCCACUUGGCUGCAGCAGCUGCUAUUGCUUUGGCCUGACUACGCAGUGCAGCGAGGCGAGGGGGCUGAUCCGCGUGUGGGUGACCUUGAAGCCAGAGCAAAUGAUUCUGCCACUGGUGGAUGAAAAGCUUCAGCGUAGCACUCUAUCAGGGAUUGCAUUCCAGCCUCCUGAAAUAGUAGCAAAUAUAGARCAGGUGAUGCAGGAUCUUCGGUCAGAACCUGUUUACUGGAGACUUCCAGAGCAGUUUGAGGGACGAAAGCUGACCGCUUAUGGAGGGAAACUGAAAUAUGCCAUCUACUUUGAAGCACGAGAAGAGACAGGUUUUACUACUUACCAYCCACAAGUCAUCAUAAGAGGCGGGCCUCCCACAAAUACGAGAGUUAUCGUCCGGCACAUGGCAGCCCCUCUGAUUGGGCAGCUGACGAGGCAUGAGAUAGAGAUGACAGAGCAUGAMUGGGAAUAUUAUGGUGAUGACACGAGAGCCAGAAACCCUGUGUUCUGGCAGUAUUAUCCUGGUAACCCAGGUCCCAACAGGACGAUGUCCCAGGCAGAUUUCACCUGGAGACAGUAUGGAGAUGACUCAAGACCAAGUAGGCCUGUAUCCCGGGAAGACUUCAUGAACGUGUUGUAUGAUGUUCAUUACAUCCUCAUCAAGGCGACUCAUGGCAAUAUCAUGAGGCAGAGCAGGAUUUCUGAGAUCUCACUGGAAGUUGCUGAAGGCGGCCCCGUGUCUGGGAUGGCUCCUCAGGCUCACCUGAUAGAGCAGUGUGACUGCCCCUUGGGUUAUUCCGGCCUCUCCUGUGAGUCAUGCUCUCCAGGAUUUUACAGGCUUCCAUCUCCACCUGCGGGAAGGACACCUGCUCAGACCUUAGGCACCUGUGUUAUGUGUCAGUGUCAUGGACACAGCACUAUGUGUGACUCUGAAACAUCAGUUUGUCAGAACUGUCAGCACAAUACUGCUGGUCAGCACUGUGAGAGGUGUGCACCGGGAUUUUACGGCGUUGUCCAAGGCUCUCCGGAUGACUGUCAGCCUUGUGCUUGUCCCCUGCCCAUUUCUAGUAACAAUUUUAGCCCUACUUGUGUUGCUGAAGGACCUGGUGAUUACCGGUGUACUGCYUGCCCACCUGGAUAUGAAGGCCAGUACUGUGAAAGAUGUUCUUCUGGCUACACGGGAAACCCACAGAUCCCAGGAGGGUCCUGCCAGCCAUGUGAGUGUGAUCCMUAUGGUUCCCUGCCUGUCCCCUGUGACCCUGUCACUGGACAGUGCACCUGCAAGCCUGGAUUCACGGGGUGGAAGUGUGCUGGCUGUGAACAUCGGCAUGCACGGGAUGGCAUGAAAUGCAUCUCUUGUGAUGAUGAAUGCACAGGACUCCUUCUCAAUGACCUGGAUCGGCUAAACCAGAUGAUCCUGAGUGUGAACCUCAGUGGUCCACUGCCUGCUCCUUAUAAAAUGUUACAAGGCUUUGAGAACACAACACAGGAAUUAAAGCAUUUGCUUUCACCUCAGCGAGCACCAGAGAGAUUUCUUCAGCUAGCACGAGAAAAUCUGGAUACCCUGGUGACAGAAAUGGAUGAGCUACUGACAAGGGCUACUAAGGUGACAGCAGAUGGUGAGCAGACCAGGCAGGAUGCCGAGAGGACUAAUGACAGAGCRAAAUCUCUUGGACAGUUUGUCAAAGGCAUUCUUCAAGCUGCUGAAGCUGCAAAUGAAGAUGCUAUAAAACUGAAUGAGAUACUCAGAACUCAAGACGAGACUUUGGAGAAGAGUCUUCCAGAACUGCAGAGUGAGGCUGAAGGAAUGAUCAUAGAGAUGAGAAACAGAGASCUCAAUAUGCAAGAAAAAAUAGCUCAAGAUGAAUUAAAGAAUGCAGAAGAUCUUUUGGACAAGGUGAAGAAAUUAUUUGGUGAGCUCGGUGAGAAAAAUGAAGAUCUAAAAAAUGAAGUCCGGGACAAGCUGGCAGAUUACCACAGCAAAAUUGAUGAUGCUCGAGAUCUGCUAAGAGAAGCUGCAAGUAAAAUUUGGGAGGCUGAUCGUUUAUCUGCAGUCAACCAAAAUAAUAUGACCAUGCUAGAGAAAAGGAAGCAAGCUGUAGAAGAUGGCAGACAAGAUGUGGAGAAGACCCUUCAGGAAGGGAAUGAUAUCCUUGAUGAAGCCCAUAAACUUGCAAAUGACAUCAGCCUAGCUGUAGAGUAUGUAGAAGGUGUUGCAGAUAAGAUACAGCCAAUGUCUGAUCAGCUGAAAGAUAAAACAGAUGACUUAUCACAAGAAAUUCGUGACAGGAUGCUUCCAGAAAAGGUGUUGCAAGCUGAGARCCAUGCAGGCCAGCUGAAUGAAUCAUCUGCAGUGCUGGAUGGAAUCCUUAUUGAAGCCAAAAACCUCUCUUUCAAUGCCACACGUGCUUUCAAUGCUUACACUAACAUCAAAGAUAACAUAGAUGAAGCUGAAAGAGUUGCCAAGGAAGCCAAGGCUCUCGCAAACGAAGCCAUGCAAGAGACGUCGGGUCCUGAAGGAUCGUUGAAGGAUGGCGCCAAGAACUCUCUGCAGAAAAGCUUCAGGGUCCUUAAUGAGGCCAAGAUGUUAGAAAGUGAUGUAAAAGAAGAGGAUGAUAAUCUGGACAGCAUGCAGAACAGGCUGAAAGAUGCUGAUGAGAAGAAUUCCAUUCUCCUGAAAGCUUUGAAUGAAACCUUAGGAAAGCUGUCAGCCAUUCCAAAUGAUACAGCUAUAAAGGUACAGGCAGCCAAGGACAAAGCAAGACAAGCCAAUGAUACUGCAAAUGACGUCCUGGCCCAGAUUAAAGACCUCAAUCGGAAUCUCUURGGCUUGAGAAAAAACUACAGUAAACUUACAGACGAUGUGGCCAAAACAAAUGCAGUUGUGAAGGACCCAAUCAAGAACAUUGCUGAUGCAGACUCCAGUAUUAAAAACCUAGAAAAGGAAGCAGAUCGCCUGUUAGAUAAAAUCAAGCCAAUCAAAGAGCUUCAGGAUAAUUUAGGGAAAAACAUUUCUCAGAUAAAAGAGCUGAUAAACCAAGCUCGGAAGCAAGCCAAUUCGAUCAAAGUGUCCGUGUCCUCUGGAGGCAAUUGUAUUCGCACAUACAGACCAGAAAUAAAGAAGGGAACUUACAACACYGUCGUUCUCAAUGUGAAGACUGUAGUUGCUGACAAUCUGCUUUUUUACCUUGGAAGUGCCAAGUUUACUGACUUCUUGGCCAUAGAGAUGCGCAAGGGCAAGGUGAGCUUCCUGUGGGAUGUGGGAUCUGGAGUUGGACGGGUGGAGUAUCCAGAUCUGACCAUUGAUGAUGGGUUUUGGUACCGGAUUGAAGCCUCUAGGACUGGAAAAAAUGGCACAAUAUCGGUGCGAGCUCUGGAUGGUCCUAAAGCCAGCAUCGUGCCAGCCAUAUUCAGGGCUGUCUCCCCACCUGGAUAUACCAUUCUGGAUGUAGAUGUUAAUGCUGUGCUGUUUGUUGGUGGUUUAACUGAAAAAAUUAAGAAGUCAGAUGCUGUAAGAGUCACCACCUUCACUGGCUGCAUGGGUGAAACCUUUCUAGACAGCAAACCCAUAGGACUCUGGAAUUUCAGGGAUAUUGAAGGCGACUGCAAAGGGUGUGCCGUCAGCCCACAGGUGGCAGACAGUGAAGGGACAGUGCAGUUUGAUGGUGACAGCUAUGCCAUGGUGAGCCGCCCAAUCCGCUGGAACCCCAAYAUUUCCACAGUCAUGUUCAAGUUCAGAACCUUCUCCUCAAAUGCCCUGCUGAUGUAUCUUGCUACUGAUGAUUUGAAGGACUUCAUGAGUGUAGAACUCAGUGGUGGACGAAUAAAAGUCAGCUAUGACCUGGGUUCAGGUACAGCUUCAGUUAUCAGCAACCAAAAUCAUAAUGAUGGCAGAUGGAAAUCUUUCACCCUGUCAAGAAUUCAAAAGCAAGCCAACAUAUCGAUUGUAGACAUAGACACCAAUGAAGAGGAGACCAUAGCAACAACUUCUGCAGGCAGCCACUUUGGACUCAAUUUAAAAGGGCAUGAGAAAAUAUAUUUUGGGGGAUUGCCAACCCUGAGAAAUCUAAGGCCUGAAGUGAACUUAGAGAAAUACACAGGUUGCCUCAAAGACAUUGAAAUAUCGAGGACACCUUAUAACAUAUUGAGUAGUCCUGACUUUGUUGGUCUAACCAAAGGAUGCACACUAGAGAACAUUCAUACAGUUAGCUUCUCCAAGCCAGGUUUUGUGGAACUGCAACCUGUCUCCUUUGAUGUGGGCACAGAAAUCAACCUCUCCUUCAGCACCAGGAAUGAGUCYGGGAUCAUCUUGUUUGGCACAAGUGGCACAAUUGUCCCCCCCAGGAGAAAGCGCAGGCACUCUGCAAGGAAAGCUUCCCCUCUGAGGAGAAAGCGCAGGCAGACAGGACAGGCCUACUAUGCUGUGUUCCUGAACAGAGGUCGGCUGGAGGUGCAUCUCUCCACUGGGAUGCGGGAUCCCCACAGGAUCACCAUCAGACCAGAGGCUGGCGAGUUUCAYGACGGCAGAGCACAUUCCAUCAGGAUAGAACGAGCUAGAGGGAUGUUCACUGUUCAAGUCGAUGAAGACAAAGUCCAGACUCAGAGGUUGCCAUCAGACCAGCCCAUCUCUGUUAAGAGACUCUUUGUGGGGGGUACUACURCUCAGUUUCAGACUGCACCUCUCAGAAACAUACCACCAUUUGAGGGCUGUAUAUGGAAUCUUGUCAUUAAUGCCACCCCCAUGGACUUUGCCCAACCCGUGUCCUUUGAAAAUGCCGAUAUUGGCCGAUGUCCCAYGCUAGAACCUGAAGUUAGGCCACCUGAGGAUGAAGAUAAACCAACUCGUGCAACAGUUCUGGUCCAGCCUGAACCAGACACUAAUGGGGAGAAAGAAAGGCCAAGAAUUCCUCCUGCUUCUCCUCCUCCAACACCAUCUCUAUUGCCAGCACUUGAUUCCUGUGCUGCUGACACAGAACCAUCAAUUUUAGAAGGUGGCAAGCAGUUUGGUCUUUCAAGGAACAGCCACAUUGCAGUUGCAUUUGAUGACACCAAAGUGAAGAACAGGCUGACAAUUGAAUUUGAAGUCCGAACAACAGCUGAUUCUGGCUUGCUGUUUUAUAUGGCCCGCAUCAACCACGCUGACUUUGCUACAGUUCAGAUAAAGAACGGUCUGCCUUACUUCAGCUAUGAUCUGGGGAGUGGAAACACCAGCACAAUGAUUUCCAACAAAAUAAAUGAUGGCCAGUGGCACCAGAUAAAAGUAAUGCGAGUGAAGCAAGAAGGAAACCUCAUAGUAGAUGGUGUUUCAAACAGGACUGUGAGCCCCAAGAAGGCCGAUAUAUUGGAUGUUGUAGGAAUGCUCUAUGUGGGAGGAUUGCCCAUUAACUACACAACCAGGAGAAUUGGUCCAGUCCUUCAUAGCAUUGAUGGCUGCAUCAGAAAUUUUAAAAUGACAGAAUCACCUGUUGACCUGGAUAAUCCAACUUCCAGCUUCAACGUUGGGAAAUGCUUUGUCACUGCACAGAAGGGAACAUACUUCGAUGGAACAGGCUUUGCCAAAACAGUCGGUGCAUACAGAGUGGGAACAGACCUGCUUGUGGAAUUUGAAUUCCGUACAACACGAAUGAACGGUGUUCUCCUAGGGGUCAGCAGCCAGAAAAUGGAUGGGCUUGGCAUCGAAUUAGYAGGUGGAAAAGUGCUGUUUCACGUUGACAAUGGUGCAGGCCGAUUCUCUGCUGUCUAUGAGCCUGACRCACCAGGCAGCCUGUGUGACGGACAGUGGCACCAGGUUCUUGCAAACAAGAUCAAACACCGCUUGGAGCUGACUGUGGAUGGCAAACAGGUGGAGACUGAGAGCCCGAGCAGGGCCUCGACCUCGGCGGACACCAACGACCCUCUCUUUGUUGGAGGCUACCCUGAUGGUGUGACCCAGUUUGGGCUGACGACUAAUAUCCGUUUCAAAGGAUGUAUUCGAUCUCUGAAGCUCACCAAGGGUACUGCAAAACCUCAAGAGAUCAACUUUAGCAAAGCUUUGGAGCUGAAGGGUGUCCAACCACUGUCRUGCCCUGCAGACUAAAUGUCAUUCAGCCAUUAUGGGGCUGUUUAUAUAAACACCUCAGAUUUAAAAAAAAAUCUAUAUCUACAUUGCAUUCAUAAUAAAAUGUCUUUAUGCAAAUAU